ACAUCCAGCUAUGUGACAUGAAAACCUCUGUUUUUCAACAGAAUUUUAAAGCCUUGAGGUUGUCCCAGAAAGGCCAGCAAACUCGUAUGUUUAUGAUUUUAAACACACACGAAUAACUGUUGAAGACUGUUAAGUUUAAGUUCAUUUUAAUGACUUAUUUUUGUAAUGCGAACAUUUCGGCAGUUACGUAUUGUGUUUGUUCACAUGACUUGAGACGUCGAGGCGACCCAUGUUAACUUCUUCAAACCUUUGUCGUUUUAUAAAAGCGGAAUUCUCGAUGGAUAUUUGACAUGCUAACUGCUAGCACGAGCUACGUCAUCUGCUAAAACCAUGAAACAUAACAUAGCUCAAUAGGCUGCGCAAGACACAUUAAUUUCUUUAUUACCUUGCAUGAAUGGAACUGGUGGACGCCGGUUUUGUAGGUUAAAAACUUUGGUCGGUAAGUGUGACGCAAAACUUUAUUUAAAACAGGUUUAACCGGAAGUGUUGGUUGCUAGGAGACCAAAUCCUCGCAAACGAAAAGACGGUUUAUUUGAACCAGCAAAACCUCUAAAAGCAAUAUUUUUUUUAUUGAAUAUGUCCGAACGUGACCCGUUCUGUUCCCCGAAGACUGAGAAUGAUUUUACUCUGAGCGGCUUCAGACCCCAGCAGAUGAAGCCCUAUGACAAGCCAACUCACCUGGCUCAGAAUGAGGAACCAUGGAGCAGACUGCACAGCUCAGGGACCUUCUCCAGCAGCCAGAGAGGUGUUUGGCAGCGUGAGCAGCAGACUCCUCUGGACAGCCUGGACUUCUACCUAGCGUCUGUCUAUGAUCAUCACAAGGACUUUUUCUGGAGGAAGAAUCAGGUUCUAUGUCAGAGAGAGACAACCACAGAGAAACAAAGGAAUCGACACUGGGAUGAGAAAAGCUUACAGUCGAACAAUCGCGAUGACCAAAUGAAGGUUUGGGUUGACCCAAAAAGGAGCUCCAUCCACAGUAUCAAGUGACGCUCAGUUGUAAAGAGUUCAACAUCUAACUAAACACGGAACGUGAAUGUGGUUGUUCCCCUUCUCCUUCUCAGCUGAAUACAUCUUUUUUUCCCUCUCCUAUGGUUGUUGGGGCGUUCACAUGAUGACGGCUCAUAACUGGAGAUAAUCUACAAAUCAUGGGCGAAGCUCUCUUAAGUGUGUUUUCUGAUCUCUUGUUUGUCCCUGGUGCCUGAGUUAGUAUUUUUGGCCUGGUGUGUUUUUGUUCUGAUUUCCACAUGUUCCCUGUCUUUUCUAAUUCUGUAUUUUUCCCCAACAUGAGUACAUUUGUGAUGUUGGUGUUUCUGACCAUCACGCUUGUGUUUGACCACCUGGUUCAGUCUCGCUUUCUGUUUGGACUCUCUUCGAAUAUACAUUUGCAGUGAACUGUCAAAAUUAAACAUUGUA